CACACUUCACAUACAUCUUCGCAACCAUUACUUCUAUUCUAGCAUGUCAACAUCCAUCAAGUUUUGGCUAUGAAUAGCGAUACCUCUCCAGCAAUCGGCGCACUUGUAUUAGUCCCGAUUGUGAUUGCAGCGUCAGCAGCAUUUAUUGCCAUCAAAACAUCAGAAUCCACCCAUCGAAUAAGCCAAUAUUGCUCGAAACUCUGGGACUACUACUCCCCUUGGUCCCAGACACAGAAGACUCAACGCAGAAGAAAAUUGCGACGCUCAAAUCUGCCUUCAAGCCAGACAUACGCCGACUCCUGGAGUGACCUUGAAAGCAACGACGACGAUCCUCGAUAUACGAACUUUAUUGGACAAGAACGAAGAAGCAAGUCAUAUAGUGAAGAAGACAAGAACGACGUUGUGGUUGAAGUGGAAACACCAAAGCAGAUAUGGCACCCUUCAAGAUCUGCUCGGCUGAUGUGGAGCUUCUCGAAUCCGAAGUCUCUAAGCCCUCUCCGCUUAGAAUUAUCAAACGUAGCCAGACCGUUGCAGGCAGCUUGUCUUCCAGAGAGACUUUCCGAGGAGGACGCCAAUCAUCUAGCUGCUCAUCCCUCCAGAGCAAGGGGAGCCCACCGAUGGGAGCCGACAGACCAUUAACUGUCAGGAAGAAGAGGCAGGGUGGUGGCACUUCUUUGAAUGUCGGUUCAGAUCACAGAUCGUGGGACAAGGAAAACGAACAACCAUUCUCAGCUACGUCAGUAUCUGCCGACGAUGACCCUGAUAUCACCCCUAAGGCGCGUCAACGCGUACCGCGAACGAUCUCUGCCGGGAACUUUCUCAAGAGUGAAUUCCAUCGACGUAGUCUAGAGACAGAUCAAGGACGAUAUUCCGUUCGCAGCAAUCGGAACUCUUUCUACUCAAAUCAGAUCGCUCAGCACGUUCCUUCUCCUCCAAACUUUGGCAAGUUCAAGCCUCCCAAGAUACCGGACCGACAACCUUCGAAAUCCAAGAAUUUCAUUCUACGUGCUCUUGCUGGCCGUGGCAGUGAAGAGUCAAACCAUCCUCAACGCGUCAAUUCCAAAGGUUCCAGGAACACAUUGGUUCGGCGUCUAUCUCGGAACAAGACAAUGGACUCAGAUCGAUCUGGUAGGACCAGCAUGAGCGGAGAGACCUUGUAUUCAAUUCCAAUGGAGGAAUUGGACCUUGGAAAUGGCGGUUCGGACGCGUCUACUUCUCAGCAAGAGACUCCUAUCAGAGCCCUUCCGCAAGUACCAACCGUCCCUCAAACGUCUGCCUCUCCACAAGAGCUAUCCCAACGACAAGAUGUGCUUGUACUUUCCCCUUUGAUUCUUUCUCCUCGAAUCAAAGUCACCCCUGAAACAACCAGCCUACCUACUACCACUUCAACGUUCUGGGUUGCCAUUGAGAUUCGGGGAGAGCUUCAUGCUGCUGACGGCCGUUACGAUAUGCACCCUGGUCGUCGUACGUGCUCCUCACAAUCGGCAGAUAUUCGGCUUCAAGAUUUGUCGCGUUAUGGCAAGAUGUACGCAAUGAACAUCAGCAUCCUGCCUCCGUCUGGAUGCACCGUCCUUGAUAUCAUUGGUGACCUCCAUUUUGACCUAGAACCCUGCGAAACUCGCUUCAUAUUGGCCAAAGUUCAAGUUGGUGGUGUCGAUAGCAACCCAAGCCCUUCCACACGAGACCCAGAGAUUCUCAUGACGGAGCUUCAAAAUCACCUCGGCGACACUAUCACUCCCUACCUCACUGUACAAGCCAAUUACAAGCACAGUGGCUACACUCGAUGGGAGAGCAACUAUGCCACUCGCGAGGGAACCUAUGUACAUUCAUCCUUCCACUAUACCGAAGCCAAAGUUGCCAUCAAGAGACAUGAUCCUCAGUCAGCUUGGUCUCCUCGAACUUCCGAGACGAUCACAACCGCUCCUCAAUCGAACGUGUUCAAUGACCUGAUCAAGAGACGCCUCUCAGCCAAUAAGGCAGCAGAGGCUUUUCGCGUUAUCUAUCGAGAUCAACCAAAGCUUUCCUCGAGCAUCAGAAAGCCUAACGUCAAUCGUGGUACAGGAGACUUACCGCCGACGGCAUUUGAGACUGAUACUUCCAGCGUUGAGCUUGGCUUCGAUCCUCAAGUACGUCGAACUAGGCCCAAUGGUGUCCCAGCUUCGCGUACCCUCGAACGAUCUGUCGUAAACCCGUCACCACGUCAUCGUCGCAUGCGUUAUGGUAUCGAUGAGGAAGAUGAUGGGGAAGAUCCUGCACGCAAGAUCUGGGCUAGCAUCCGCGAGACUUCUGGAGGUAACCGUUUGCGUCGCCAUCCAAGACAGAGCAUCAGCGCCGACCACUACACCAGUCUCGAGACCAACAACAGCCCAGGAAGAAUCGGCUCCAGCCAAUCUUCUGACGGGGUAUUGCUGAACCAAACCUGCGAAAGCCCAGAUUCUAGCAUCGAGGAGGAGCGUACCAAGAUCAAGGAGAUCGCGUUGAAGAAUAAGCGCAGUGUUGGGACUGAAACUCUAAGAAGCAUUGCACCAAGUGUUUCAAAGAGUGGUAAGGGAAAGCAAGGUUCUACUGGUCUGGGUCUGCGAGUUGGUGGUUGGGGAUGGGGAAAUUUCUUCGGAUGAUCUCUGGUCUUCGUCUACGAUGAUAUCAGCUUGGUGGAAGUAGCUGUCUUGCUCGGUUCUUGCGUCACGACAGCUUUCUAUUAUUUUUAUGUAUGUCAGGGUUUGAUGGUGGUGUGGAGCAUUCUACGUUUUUCAUUCAUUUGCGGCAUUGCGAUCGUGGUCUCGAUCGUCGCAAUGCAUCAUACUCUUGUUUCGAGUGUUUGGCAUGCGGGCGGCAUGAUUUGCGUGUUGGAGUUUUCAACUUUCCGUCUUGUUCAUAAAGCCUCAUACAACCUCAUAUGGUUAGAGUAGUUGUUUAAUAACAUUGUUCAUGAUAUCCGGUGGGAGGUGCACUUUCGAAUCGUGUGUCCUAUCAGUCGGGG